AAAGGGCACGAUCCCCAGUCCCUACGACUUCUUAGUUACCUCGUCAUGUGUAAUCCCAAGUCAUCUCUUUCAGCAUCCCCAUUUCUGUGUCCCACAAAGACCCAUCCCGCAGCCCCCCAGAAACCCAUGGAUCCUCCCUCUGCAGAUCAUGAUGAUGAUCUUAGCAGAUGGCCAACUCCGAAAGAGGUCGUAUCAGAAAUCAAAGACAUAAGCAGGAUAUCAGGCCCAACCGCCAUCACCGGUUUACUCCUGUACUCGAGAGCUAUGAUCUCCAUGCUCUUCCUUGGCCAUCUCGGCGAGAUGGAACUCGCAGGAGGCUCCCUUUCCAUCGGCUUCGCCAACAUCACCGGUUACUCUGUCAUCUCCGGUUUAGCCAUGGGGAUGGAACCUAUCUGCGGCCAAGCUUACGGAGCCAAACAAUGGAAGCUUCUGGGCUUAACACUACAAAGAACAAUCCUCCUUCUUCUCUCCACUUCCAUCCCCAUCUCCUUCAUGUGGCUCAACAUGAAGACCAUCCUCAAUUGGUGCGGUCAAGAUCAGGACAUAUCAUCGAUGGCUCAAACCUUCAUUCUUUUUUCCAUACCAGACCUCUUCUUCCUCUCACUUCUUCACCCUCUUCGAAUCUACCUCAGGACUCAAGGCAUCACAUUGCCAUUAACAUAUUGCACUGCAGUCUCUGUUCUCUUACAUGUUCCUCUUAAUUUUCUUUUGGUGGUUCACUUCAAGCUGGGUAUAGAAGGGGUGGCUAUAGCAAUGGUUUUGACCAAUCUCAACCUGUUCCUCUUCGUUUCUUCCUUUGUUUACUUCUCCGGUGUGUACAAAGAUUCUUGGGUUUCCCCCAGCACGGACUGUCUCAAGGGAUGGGCGUCUCUGCUUUCACUGGCGAUUCCAACAUGCGUUUCUGUUUGCUUGGAGUGGUGGUGGUACGAAUUGAUGAUAAUGCUGUGCGGGCUUCUGGUGAAUCCGAAAGCGACCAUUGCUUCCAUGGGAAUCCUCAUCCAAACUACCUCUUUGGUCUACGUCUUCCCUUCAUCUCUGAGCCUCGGUGUCUCCACGAGGGUGGGUAACGAACUGGGCGCGAAUCGGCCGGCAAAAGCCCGCAUUUCCAUGAUUGUGUCUAUGUUCUGCGCAGUGGGCCUAGGCCUGGCGGCCAUGCUUUUCACGACCCUAAUGAGGCAUCAAUGGGGUCGAUUCUUCACCGCCGACGAGGAGAUUCUGAAGCUUACUGCCAUAGCAUUGCCGAUUGCCGGAAUGUGCGAGCUCGGAAACUGCCCGCAGACGACGGGGUGCGGGGUCCUGAGAGGAAGCGCAAGGCCCACCAUCGGAGCUAACAUCAACCUGGGUUCCUUCUACCUUGUGGGCAUGCCGGUGGCCAUGCUUCUGGGGUUUGUGCUCAAAAUGGGGUUUGCAGGGCUGUGGCUGGGGUUGCUUGCAGCCCAAGCCUCCUGCGCUGCACUUAUGAUGUUCGUCCUCGUAAGAACAGACUGGAAGGAGCAAGUUCGAAGAGCAAGAGACCUCACUGCAGCCCCAUCUUCUGCUUCUGAUCACUCUGCAAUUCCCACAUUGGCAAAAACUGAGACUAACCACGACUCAUGUUAUCUUCAAGAGAUAGUGAUCAGUGACGAUGAGCGGACCAAGCCGACGUCGCUUGAGACAGACCCGUUAAUAUUGAGCACAGUGUGAAUUGAAGUGAUCGGAGUUGUUGGUUUUAGCACCAUUUUUUCAUCCUUCCAAUCGGGAGGAGUCGAAGGCAGAGUCCCCAGUUCUAUUGGACUGUACUGUACAAUAAUUUUCCGCCCCACUUUUGCCGCCUUGAUUAUCCCUUGUCCGAUAAUAAUAGUAUUUGAGGAGGAAAAAAAAA